AUGAAGCGUAGUUUUACUCAGCGUUUCCCAAAUAUUACUGCAACAGAAUUCAUACAAACAAGACUUAGAAAUGCAGAUUUUGAAAAACAAAUACACACAGAAGGAAAUGGAGCCCUUCUUGAGUGGCUUCCAACAAAAUUUUCGUGUCUAGUUAGAUUUAGAAUAAAUGUUGGAUGGUCGGAUCCAGUUCAACGAAUGCUCGGUAGUGAUGAAGUGGUAGUUAAUGAAACGAGAAAUUUUACAACUGAAAAUUUCAAACAGAUUAUUAGCUCUAAUAUCAAAACAAAUCUUCCAUACCUUUCCGCACAGAUAUCGAGAACGAUUGAAGAUUGCAAAGAUGGCUGCAUCGAAACUCUUACUCUCGAAAUUAAAUAUAAUGGCGGAACAUUUCGAGAUCAAAUCGCAAAUGACUUCUUCAAAGCCAUAGCGAAACACAUCUUCCCUCUUAAUAACAGCGAGAUUGUUGUCCAUAACAUAGAUCCAAGGCCAGUUGCUGGAUUAUUUGUUCCUCCUCGCCAUGCAUCACAAUAUUUAGCCAUUCAUUCCCAGUUGCAAGGACUCAGAGAAGCAUCAGAAGAAUACUUAGUAACCAUAGAUAAAGCAAAAAUCGACAGAAAACCGUUACAAAUACCAAAUACAAAUCAAUUGAACCAGGUUUGCACAUUACUCGAACCAGAUAGGUUUUCUAUCCAGAAGGAAAUCGAUGAAAUGAAAGUUGAAGCUCAAAGAUCUGAUCGCAUCGUCCAAGAAAUCAAAAAGACGCGAGAGCAAGUUAAGCCAGGUAAUUCUCUACCAAUGUUCCUUAUUGCGACAUGCGCUGCUGUUAUUUUUUACGUUGCUUCAAAUACUUGA